GCCGCGGCGGCCCUGCGCGACGUCCUGGCGCUCUUGGAACUGCUGCCGCCGCGCCCUGCCCACAUGCUGAGUGGAGCAGAGUCGGCGUUGCAAGAGCUGUGGGCCUUCGCUGAUGAAGUGGCUUACAUCCUGAAGCACGUCCUUACCGCGCCUCUGCGCGUGCUGGCCCCCCAGUCGCCAGUGGCGGGCUCCCCCUAUGCCGGGCCGCCUCCUGUUGCGGAGGCUGCGCCGGUGGACGGGGCUCCUUUUGAUGCCCCUGCCCGAGCGACCCUGCGCACUGCCACUUUAAACCCGGGCCGCUGUGGGUUCCUGCAGUUGGGGGCCGACCAGCUGCUGGAGUGGCGCCUCGAAGCGGUUGCUUUCGCCCUCGACGCCCGGUCAGUGGACAUCUGUAUUCUCCCGGGAGCUCGGUUCCCCGAGGGUGCGGCGCUCCCCGAGGGCUUCCCUUAUUGUUGGGGUGGUGCCCGGUCCGCGGCGUGGAACUCUGUUGGCGUCUUCUUUCGCCCGGAAGUCGAACACAUGCUUCGACCUCUGCCAGACCUCUCUUCGAACAGGGAGCAGUGGUUUGAGGUGUGGGGCGACGGGCCCAGGCAAGGCCCGGCCGUAGUUUUCUGCGCCUUCUACCCCAGGCACGGAGGGGAUACAGACACUUGGAGAUCCGUCGUGGCGCAUGCGACGCUCUGCCAAGACCGGUACCCACACGCACGCGUGCUUCUCGGGGGGGACGGGAACGCCAAUUUGGAUUACUUGGUUGAUCACCCGGAGCUUUGCACUUGCGCGCACUGUAAGCAGUCCUCUGCGGAUAAAGAGACCCAGCAAUGGCUGGAGGCUGCGGGGCCCCUGGCAUUUAAUCCCCCCACGCCGACGCAUGUCUCAGGCACCUGCAUCGACCUUUUUGUUAGUGUGAGGGCGUCGCCCCUCCCCGUGCACGUCCAGCCUGAUUUGAUUGCUCUAUCUGACCAUCGCCCAGUCAUUGCAGAGGUGCCGUGCCAGUUUGCAGCCCCGUGGGCAGCGGGCCUUGGUAGAGUGGCCUGGACGUCGGGCCCCCAGUGGGACGAGGGCCUCAGGGAAAUCUCAAGUACCCUCGAGGCGCUCAGCCGGUGCGUGGAAGAGGUGUCGAGCGCCUCGUGGUUACGGCCGCAGCGGUUCGGUGGCAGUGCCACCAGGUUGCAAAGGCGCGCGGUAGUUAACGUUGCGGCAUGGGCCCGCGAUGCCGUCUACACCUUGGUGGGGCACGCGGCUGGCGCCACCAAGGUGAUGGGGGGCAAACGACAGGCCACCGCUCGUAAGCUGCUGGGCCCCGCCAGCUUUGCGUCGCACCAUGAGUUUAAAAUGGAAAUAGCACGGGCUGCGUGGGGCGAGCGUAGGAGGGCGGUCCACCGUUUCUUGCAUCUCCGGACCGUCAACCCUGGAGCCGCGGAGCGGUUCCUUUCGGGUUUCUACCAAAUGCGAAAACGCUUUGACGUGAGGCUGGCAGACCCGACCACGGGGGCCACGAUGCCACCCCCGGAGAUGGUUGAGGCCGUCCAACGCGAUCUUUUCGCGCGCGAUAGGAACGAUGUUGAGCAGGACCCGGAGGCCGCGGAGGCCAUGGAGAGACAGGUUGCCAGGAUCAGGAAAGCGAGUGCCCUGGAGGGCGCGCCUGCUCCGCCACCCCCGUAUUCGGACACGGAAGUGAUCGCUGUGCUGGAGGCCCCUGCAGGGAUACGCCUGACUAAGGCCCUGAUGAACCUGGCACGCGCCGCCUGUGUGACUGCGACAAUCUGGUCGCUGCGGCAGAUCACGCCUCUUCGCAAGAGUGGCCCAGCGACCGUGCGUGCCGUGUCCGGCUUGCGGCCGAUUUCAAUCGCCACGGAUAUGGCGUCUGUUCAGGACGCCCUCUGGAUUACUCGGAACAGCGGUCUGCUAGAGGCGUUUCGUGGGCCAUGCCAGCAAGGCGGCGUUGGAGACGCCCUUACUCUUGUCGUGGGCUCGGUCGUGCAAGCCCAGCUGCGCCACGCGCAGGGCCUCCACACCUGGUGGGCCCUCGCGGACGGGAAGUGGGCUUUUGAUGUGGCGUCGCGCCCUGUCAUGUUGUUAGGUGUCUUCCAGGCCGGCGUGCGUGGGCCGGAUUGGCUAGUGCUAGACGACGUAAUGGCGCAGGAUCACCAGUGCCUCUGCUUGCAUGGGCUGCUCAGCCCGGUUUUCAUGCUGCUACGCGGCACUGCCCAGGGCAGGCGUUUUUCUGCGCAUGUUUUCAACACCCAGCUCCGCGGGCCCGCGGAUGACAUAGCGGACGUGCUCCCACAGGGCUGUAGCACGAUCGUUCCGCCAUUCGCCCGGGCAGCUUUGCUCGACGUGGUGGAAGACGCGCCGCCAGUGCACUGCGCCACCCCGCCGCGGGGGGAGCUCCAGCUCGACGGUGUCGUGAGGGAGGCGUCGCGUCUAGCAGCGGCGGACUUGACGCCGUGGCCGCAGGCGAGGCACUUCCUGAGCGGGGCCCUGAGUGAGCUGUCGUCGCUGGCCGGUCGCAUUGAC